GAUAUCACCCCGUAGGUGUUCUGGUAAGGCGACAUUGGUGGCAUCAUGCCCGUGGAUGUUGUAUUGGCGGCGGCGGAUCCCUCGACUAAAUAGCUGCACAUCGUCCAUGGGGGCUUCAGCAUUAUGGUGGCCAUGGUGGCAGUCGUAAGGUUAACUUGGUCGGGGAGGGGUGAAUCGCGAUCGUCACUGUCAUCGGGCGUCAUUGACUCGGUGUCGGUGUACAAUGAGGCAUCCGAAGGGGCGGCGUCCGAAUCGGUCUCUAAUUCAGGGAAUGGUUCAUUCUCGCUCUCGUCUCCAUUGAGGUUGGUGGCGGUGUCAUCAUUGUGGUUCAUGUUGUGCGGUCCGCGAGUGAGAGAUGUGGACCGGAUUUCGGUGGGGGUCACUUGGCAGCCUACAGGUUUGUUCCCGGCCAACCCCAAGGUUGUUGCCGCGCUGCCGGGCCGUGAGGUACCCAUCCCACUGAUCGACGAGAACGUCACACCGGUCGCCUGCAAGCAACAACAGUACAACCCAGUGCAGGCGGAGAUCGUUAACGACCAGGCUGACCUUUGGCUGGAGACUGGAGUUAUCCGCUAUUCCACGUCAGCCUGGUGUAGCCGAACCUCCAUCGUGAAGAAGAAGGAUGGCAGCAACCGAGUCACCAUCGACUACCGACCGCUCAACGCCGUCACCAAGAAGGAUAGCGGGGGCAUCGGCACACUGGCAACAAUGCACCACCGCAUCAAGGGGAGUAACUUCUUCACCCUCCUUGACCUGCCCUCAGCCUACCAUCAGCUCUCCAUCAAGGAAGCCGAUCGCCACAAGACGGCCUUCCGGGACGCGCGUGGACGCCUGUAUGAGUUCACGCGAUGUGGAUUCGGACUCACGACGAUCCCCGCCGUUUUCUCGGCCCACCUCGGUGACACCCUGCGGCCGACCGAGAACAAGGGCGGCGUCGAACGCUGGCUUGACGACAUCCUUCUGCACAGCGCAACCCUGGAGGAGCACAUGGCCCUCAUCGAGGAGGUGUUCGAUCUGCUCCAGGGUGUGGGGUACUCGGUGCACUUCAAGAAGUCCAUGUUCUGCAUGUCGGAGGUGGAGUUUUUGGGUGCCAUGGUGGGCAGGUCAGGAGUGCGGCCGGCGCCGUCCAAGAUCAGGGCGGUGCAGGAGCUGGAAAUGCCUGCAACAGUGGGGGAAGUACGGGCGUUCUUAGGUCUCGCUGGUUACCUACGGGGUUUCGUACCGGACUUCAGCACCCUCACCGCGCCCAUCACGGAUCUCCUGCGGGACAAGGCGUUCAGUUCGAAACGGGCGCGGAACCGUCGGGUGCCAUGGGGGGCCGCACAGAUCGAGGCCUUCCAAGCGGUAAUCAAGGCGCUGGUUACGCACCCGGUGCUCGCGGCCCCCGACUGGCAUCUGCCGUUCACCUUACACACGGACGCCAGCGAGUUGGCGGCAGGAGCGGUACUCACCCAACCCGUUGAGAACCGCGAGGCCCCUCUGGGCUACGCCAGCCACCGCUUCACACGAGCAGAGGAGAAGCUAUCCGCCAACGAUCGUGAGGUCCUCGGAGUGCUCUACGGUAUUGAGCAAUUCCACACGUACUUACAGCACCGUCGCUUCACGCUCGUCACGGACUGUGCUGCUCUGACGUGGUUGUUCACCAGUCAAAACCUCUCCUCGAAGAUGCACCGGUGGUCACUACGCCUCAUGCAGUUCGACAUCGACCUCAAGUGGCGAAAGGGAGAGGACCACACAGCGCCAGACGCACUGUCCCGCCUACGCCGCAGGGACCCACUGGAGACCCCCAUCAACACGGCAUUCCCUGACGACACCUCGAGUGCAGCAGACGCCCAAAGCCCCGGUGGACCAGUGCUGGAUGGCGUGCCACUGCGGACGCUGUCGCCCCCUUCUGCAGCUGAAGAGAAGGUCCUGGAUGGCGUCUCCCUCGCCGCCUUGGGGUCAACGGAGGUACGAGGCCAGCCGGAGAUACCUCUGCGUGUGUUCUAUGCACUCCAGAUCACACCUGAGCCCCCUGAUAGCGAUGACCACCACCGUCGCCAGAGCUACGAGGAUGCCCGCACCGCCUUGGCCCCCAGGCUUCCCCGAGCAGUUGUUCUGGGCUGCGGGGCCGGGGGAGCCCUGAUAGCACUUCGAGGCCUGUUACACGUUGGCGCGGCCAUUGAGCCAGACUGGACGACGCUGGAGUGUGCACGCACCAACCCCUGGAGCGCAGGCAUACAUCUGGUUCGGACACCCCUCAGGGGUAAGCGGUGCAUGCAGGUAUUGACAGAGGUCAGACCAGAAGUCCUCGUCGGCAACGCCUGCCGACGCUACGAUCCCGAGCGCCUGGGCAACACGGCCACCCACCAGACUGAGGCCAUCGUGGACACCUUCCUUGCCUCCCGGGCGCAGCUACUGGUGGUUGAGUGUCCGGCGGGGUUCGCCAGAACAACAGCAUGGCGGGACAGCUUACGACCGCGCCUGGAGUCCGCCCGGUGCUCCGUGGAGGACGCUCUCCUGCAUGCCACGGAUGUCGGAGUGCCCACGGGGAAACAACGAGUGUUCGUCAUAGCGGUCAAACCACGCCCUGGUGGGUUCCUCGGACGCGAAGGCUGUUACUUCCUGAAACGGCUCCCCGGGGACAAAGGGGUCUUUAGCUUUGCCAAGCCGACGAUCACCCUCACUCAUGGGCACAUCAUGGGUCGACGCCUGCCCCCUGAGGAUUACCAGCCACACCCGACCGACGACGGCCCCGUCGCUAGCGCGCAAGACCUGUCGUGGGGAGACUUUGUGAAGCUCACCACGACGCAGGGGGACUUCACGGUCCCCCCAACCGUCCGCAGGAUAGAUGCCGCAAGGGCACUUGAGGAGUUUGCUUUACCAGAAAUGAUGCGUGAGGCCCUCAACGAACUGGGCAUACUCGGCGUGAUAAACAGGAACGCCGACCCACGAUGUAGCUUGGAGGAAGAACUGUCGUUAUCAUUGGCCAGCCUGUGGUUAGACCCAACUGACAGGGCAGGUGUGGACGCUAUGGCGGCCGCGGCGGCCCCGAGUGGGAAGUCGGGUGUCGAGGAACCACGCUUCGUCGUGAUCCCACGAGUCACACGAGGGAUGACUCGCAGGGCGGCACCGCCCGAGUCCGCUACCCCUUCGAAGAAAGGAAAGGCGCCGGCCCGGCACGAGGCAUCCCCACCUUCGACACCGCCACCUGGAGGCGCGCUACCUGCUCAUGCGAGUGGCCCUCCGCCGGCUGGAGGUGCGCUACCUGCUCACG